CUCAUAAUCAUUGUGACGUGCGUCAAUUGCAUCCGCCAAUCCUAUGCCCGUGCCCAUCGAGUUCUCCGCCUUGCUGUCAAGCAUAACCCUCUUGGCCAUGGGAUCAGAAUGCUCACCAGAGGCAUCAAGAUCAAGGACACGCUCAUACUUCUUGAUGACGGCCUCGCAGGACUUAGCAAGUAGAGAGGAACCCUUGGCGUGUUGUCGCAGGAUAUCUUUCAAGUUGGUCACUCGGUCCUUGAUCUCUGACGUGGGCAUAUUCCCGCCACUGUGGUGGAGUCGUCUACCGUCGGCGGGAACGGAGAGGAGAGGACUGGUCACUAUAUCUUCCUGAUCCAUCAUAG